AGCAGCUGCGCGAGAAGCUGGCCGCCGCCGAUGAGGAGAUCUACAAGCUGGAGGCCACGCGGGAGGAGCUGCGCAGCAGGUGCGACGUGGUGGAGAAGGACCUGCGGGAGACGCAGACCAAGAACGAGGAGCUCCAGCGCAUGGCGGACGAGACGCGCCGACUCCGGGAUGAGCUGGAGAUCCUGCGCGACCUGGCGUCCAAGGUGCCGCAGUACGAGGCCAAGCUGGACACCUACCAGAAGCGGCUGCAGGAGAUGGGCGACCUGCGUCGGCAGAUCAAGCUGCUCGAGGAGAAGAACACCGACUACAUGCAGCAGAACAUGGAGCUGGAGGAGGAGCUGAAGAAGUCGGGCAGCUACCGACCGCAGCUGGACCUCUACAAGAAACAAGUGGGCGAGCUGCACGACCAGCUGGCCGAGGAGACCAAGAAGCGCGACAAGGCCGAGUUCGACCUGCGCAAGCUGGCCGAGAAGAUGGCCGCCCUGCAGAGCGAGAAGGAGCGGCUGACGGAGGAGCGCGACAAGCUGCGCGAGGUCAACGACGAGCUGAAGCUGGCGCAGCUGCAGCUGAAAACGGCUGACUUGCCAUCAGAGUUCUUCUCAGGGGAGAAGCUGCUCCGGCUGCAGCACGAGAACCGGCAGCUGCGCGCCCGCGUGGACGGCGGUCGCCAGGACCAGGAGGAGGCGUACCGCGCGCUGCUGGACGACCUGCGCGCGCGCGAGACCUCGCUGAGGCUGAGAAACAGGACUCGCUCGGACUCGGGCUGCGGCUGCUCGUCACGGCGCACGACGCUGGACGCGGCGCGCCUGAUGGACAUCGAGUGUGGCUCGGGCACCACCACGAUAACGGGCGUGACGGAGCGCAGCGACAAGUACCUGGAGCGACGAGAGGACGAGCUGGACGAGGCGCAGCCGGCCAUGGCGCGUGGCGCUUCGCAGCAGCUUCCGCCGGCCCGCGGCGCUCGCGCUCGCGCUCCAAGUCGAAGAAAACGGCGCAGCAAGCUGAUGGACACGGUGACCCUGGUGGGCGCCACCUUCGCCAUGUUGCCGCUCCUAUCUCAGCUUCGCUUUCUCGCCGCCGGUCGGCACCACAGGCGGCUGAACCAGCGCAUCCUGGAGCUGCAGUCGCACCUGGAGGAGGGCGGCGGCUCGGAGCGCGCGGCCCCCUCCACCAGCCGCCUGUACUCGCUCGAGCAGGAGCUGCAGAACAAGACGAUGCAGAUCGGCGAGAUGGAGAUCCGGCUGGCCGAGCAGGCGGCUCGCACGCAGGAGCAGCAGGAGCAGCUGUCCCGCCGCGACGCCGAGAUGGCCGCCAUGGAGGAGCGCUACAAGAAGUACCUGGAGAAGGCCAAGUCGGUGAUCCGCUCGCUCGACCCGAAGACGGCCGGCUCGGCCAGCUCCCCUGACGUGUCCGUACUGCGUCAUCAGCUGGCCGAGAAGGACCGCCUGCUGGAGGUGAUGGAAAAGGAGAGCGAGAAGGCGAAGUCGAUCCGCGAGGCCGAGGAGCGGCUCAUCACCACCGCCUUCUACAACUUCGGCUCGCAGAUCCACCGCCAGGCGGUGGAGCAGCGUCUCUCGAACAUCAGCGGCGGCCAGUCGUCCUUUCUGGCCCGGCAGCGGCAGGCCAACACGCGCCGUCUCCACGGCAACAGCCUGCUUUUCACGGUGGACACCAGCGAGCUGUAGCAGCCUGCAUGCCACCCGCGCUGUAGAACUCCGGAUACCACCUGCGCUGUAGAACUCCGGCUAACCCAGCGGUCGCUGACCGGCCACCCUUACAGCUGCAUGCCUUGCACGCCGGCCUGCAUGGUGACGCGUCGCGCCAUCGCCAUCCCAACCCCGCAUGACUGCAACACCUGAGCAGCGAGCGCUGAUAGCCGGGUGCUGUCAUGACUCCCAGCGGCCGCGGUAGGGUUUGCGCCGUUGGACCGCCAGCAGGCGUCGUUCGAUAUCUGGCAUCGUGAGCAGCGUGACGUAGGGCCGCGCUCCGCCUGCCGCCUGUCGCCUGCGCCUGUGCCUGUCUGGCCGCGCUGGGCCCGGAAGGCGCCGCCUCACCGCCGCCUGUUGCCUUUGCAGCGAGUUUUACGACUACUAGCGCCACCUAUCGGGCUCGCCGGCUAUUGCCCGCGCGCCCGCGAGCUUCGUCGAACUCCCGGCCUCCGACCUUCCGCUGACCUUGAGCCUCCCACGCCGAAAAAGCGGCCGUGUUUUAAUCGGUUUUAGUUUUACGGUCCCAUGUCGGGCCACCGGGCGUUUGUUGCCGUCUUUAACACCGUUGGUUAGGUUUUAAUUCCAGUCCGAGGCGCGUUCGUUUUGUCCUCGGGCGUGCUCGUUGUUGGAGGCCGCCUGCGGACCGUCCCUUUCAGGCGGACCUUUGGGGGCCUCGAACAGUGCCUUGCCGGCCUGGUUCGCCUGGGCGUGUGGUCACCCAGAAGGAACGAUGGACUGAUGCGUGGUGACGAAAUGGCCGUGUUGCUUUCUGGAUGAUCACCAUUUGGUAUUGCACUUGCGCGUCUUAUCUGGUCGGUGCUGGUCUGAACACGUGGAUUGCCCUGCUGUUUAGGAGUGGAAAUGAUUCAGGUCGUGUAACAGACGACUCAUGCACCAUACGUGAUCGUGCUGUCGGGUGCGUGCAUGCCAGGUGAUUUUAUCGCACGCGUUGUAUGUGGAUCGCAUUAUCGCAGCUUUACCGCGGCGGAUCCGGGAGUUACCUUGUAUGUGAUUCGCUACCGCUCGGCUCGCCACCUAAUCAUGAACGCUGUUUGAGAAUAUAUUUUCAAUUGCAUGCCGGACAUAUCAUUCCUUAACUACCUGAAACGGGAGGUAUCGUCAAUAAACUGCGUUGUGAAG